GGUUGGGGCGACGCGGGGAGGCAGUGAAGUUAGUGGGCUAGUACAAACACAUCUAGACAGACUGCACUGGCUGCACCCAUACAGUAUGCUGAACCAUAAAUUAAUCCCAGGGGUUGGGUACAUAUCAUGAACUGGUUGGAUCUGUGGUAUAUACCAUGCAAAGCGAUCACUUUCGGGCCCUUAACGUCUAAUCGAGGUAAGCCCCAGUCCUAAAUUCCUGUGUGCUGAGGACAAACGCCCCAAUGAAUAGGGUAGAACGAACUUUGGAAUGAACAUGUUUAAAAUCGUGACAAUUCGGUGUGUUUGCUUAGAAGUGAGACUAAUUGAGUUCAACUGCACUUAAUUUAUGUUAAGAGGAAUUAGGACUGGAAGCCAAGUAUGUAAGGAUUAAAAGGGCAGGCCCCAAAUACUUUUGCUAGGACAGAAAACCUCAGAGCACCUCUCCUUGAGAGAAAAAUGCAACCCUCAUAAAUCAAAGAAUGAGUAAUUUGUUGCAUUGUCAUGAAAAUCGAAAGCAGGUGCUUGGGGCCACCUCUUCACUCAGCCAAAUGAGAGGGCCAGCCCUUCCUCAGGCCCUUAAAAUGAAGGAGAUGGGAAAGGGGAUCAAUGAGGUCAAGUGGCACGUCUGUGACAGUUCAGGGUAAAUCUUAAAUGUACACAACCCUCUUCCUGAAGAGGCCUGUUGGUUUAGUUCGCAUCAAUCCUGUGGGUUGCACUCCAGGGUGGAGGACCAGUUAUUGUAUAUCAUGUAAGAGCAGUAACCUUUAAGCUUUAGUCGAGAAUUGUCACUGAUUAUAUCUGUUACGUUUCCUGGCCAUUUGGCCCCAGUGUUUACUUUCCCUGAGUGCCACGCAGAGAUAGCACUUCCUGUAUCCGCUGAAGCGGUGAGCUACUUGAAAAGUUUGUGCCAGAAUAAAUUUAGUUAGUUUUCCAUUUGGAUUCCAGUGAAUGAGAUUCAUUGCGUGUUCAGUCUGAGAUGCGGCUUUAUUUUCCAUACCAUUUGGCCACCAUUUACAACCCAUUAGUGUCAGGGCCUCUCAGAGGGUAGGCACAGGCAGAAGAGCCAUUUCACUUGGGCCUCAAAGUCAAAAAAUAAGUUAAAUAUAGAUCCUUUCUUUAAAAAAAAAAAAAGUAUGAAUGUUGCAGUUAUUCUGGAGGUGCCUUAUUUUGCUUUCAGGUAUCCUCCUCCUCCUUUUGAUGAUGAUGAUGAUGGCGGUGGCGGUGGCUAGGGCUUCUUUGGGUUUCUAUGGCAAAUGCUCUCUUUCGUUCUUCCCCACAAUUUUCCCGCCCUGCCUUCGCGCAGGGCAAGGAUGAGCCUCGGGGCAGCGACGGCAGAAGGACGGACGCGAACCCGAUCGCCUCGGGUCUCUUCUCGGAAACCCCAGCCUGCGGCGGGGAAGUCCCGGGCUUAGGGCUGGAAGUGGGCCUGAUCAACGGCUUGCCCAAGGAGCGAGCCGUUCUCCAUUGCAGGCGGCAGGGGACUAGUCCUCAUCAAUCCCUACCGCCGUCGUCGGCCUUCCUCCCCCCCUGCUGUUGAGGUGGGUCGGGCAUCGACUCCAAUCCUUGAAGACGCCGGCGGGGCGUGUGUCAGAUCCUGUGAGUGACAUCAAAUUCUCAGCCAAGUCCACGUUCCUCCACAUCUUCUUAUUGCCAUCCCUUUUCAACAGUGAGGCAAUUUUUUUACCUCUGAGUGAGGGACUGUUCUCUUUGCUAUCUCAGCAGAAGCAAGAAUGCGGCGUGAGAUUUGAUGGGACCUGAGAAGUCCCAUCUUUCAGACACAUGAACAGCAAGGAGAUACAAGUACCUGCUAGAGACAGGACAACAAAAAUACUAUCAUCACAACACACGCUGGCCUGCAUCAGCAAAUAUCCAAGCAAGGCCCCAGUCUGGAGGGUCAUGAAUAAAGCCCAGGAUCUGCUUGACUGUGGCCGAAGGAAGGCUUGAACCACAGGUCCCCGCUGUGUAGGGAGUGAUGCUUAUUCUGUUCCAUGCCAUGGUCACCCCGUUGCUCUGUGUCAUCCAGGCUGCCCCCCUUCCCAACACCUAUAUCCUCCCUAACACCACUGAUGCUCUCUGGGCCGAGGCUCCCCUGAGGGAUUGGGACCUCUUCUCUCCACGUGUCACCCUGUCCAGCCAAGCUCCUGCAGAGCCCCCCUUGCUUUUCCUCAUGGAGGACUCCAGUGCCCAGCCUGGGCAAGCUGCUAACAGGACACUUAAGUCCAAACGGUCAUUGGAAGGGUCCCUACGCCGGGGAGAGAUGUCUGUAUGUGACAGUGUCAAUGUGUGGGUGACAGACAAACGGACGGCUGUGGACAUCCGCGGCAAAACGGUGACAGUGCUGUCUGAGGUCCAGACGCUUACAGGCCCCCUCAGGCAGUAUUUCUUUGAGACCAAGUGUAAUCCAGCUGGAGGAACCGUGAGUGGCUGCCGGGGCGUGGACCGACGCCACUGGAUCUCUGAGUGCAAGGCGAAACAGUCUUACGUGAGGGCUCUGACUAUGGAUUCUGACAAGAUCGUCGGCUGGCGCUGGAUCCGGAUUGACACUUCCUGCGUCUGCACCCUACUCACACGCACCGGCCGGACGUAGGGAAGAAAGGGCUAUACUCCAUGACCUCAUUUUGGCCAGUUAAGACAUGGCCAGCUCCCUGAUGUGUUCAAUCAUGGAUUGGAAUAAUUCCUAAAUUUAACUCAGCUCUCUUGGCCAAAGGGUGUGUGUAUGUGCACGUGUGUGUGCGUGUGUGUCUGUGUUGAAAAAGAAGAGAGUGGUUGCGUUUGUGCUGCAGCAAAGCCAGGGGUCUUGUAUCCAGAAGGUACACCCUCAUGGCCAUAAGCUGUGGGCAUUUGCUACCUAAGUUUUCUUUGCCUUGUUGAGAGGGCUGAAGAAACAAACUUUAAAGCUUUAAAGCCAUACUUGGAGGAAGCUUGGCAUUGCUUAUGGCUGGAGGGCAGCAUUAUCCAUGCAAAUUGGUGGAUGGUUCAAAAGACAUUAGUGGGUCCUUUGCAGUCAAGAGGAUCUCAGUGAUUACUUCAUGUGAUCCAGGCACGGGUAUCAUGUUCCUUCUUUUCUACGGUCCUCAUAAAUCUUUUGCAACCUGGAAAUGCACUGUGGACUGCCCCCCCCCCCUGCCCACACCCCAUGUUCCUCCUCCUGUGGACUCUGCUAGUUCAGGGUUUUUCAAAAUGUCUACCCUCGGGGAACUUUUCCCAUCUCCGUGCAUCUGCCAAGGAUCCCCUGCAUGUGGUUAAAAAAGUUGUUUUAGGGCAUGUUUGAAAGUGCAUUGUCUGUACAUGUGUGGCCAGCAGCCACACCUGCUGGGCCUCACCUCCGUUCUGUGCACACAGCCUAGAACUUUUGAGUGUGCAUUGGAAGGGCAAUUCAGUCGUUGUGGGAGGUUCGUCCGCCUUUAUCAAGCUGUGUGUUGGAAAAAUAUCUGAUUCACCACUGAAGUCCUUUGGAACACAGUUCUGAAAAACAGUCUGUGAGGUGACAAAUGUUUACUUCUGGAAUCCCCUUUCUUCCAGUUUUCCCCUCUCUUCCUAUUUAUUGCCUCCCCUCCAGCUAGAGCCUGUCUGUGACCCAAUCCUGCCAUGUUAAUUAUUAACUUAUUUGUGUACAUUUAUUCUGUGGGGAAAUCAUUUCUAGGAAAAUGUGUGUAUGUUGGAGCGAUUAAAGGCAAAAAUACAGGUCUG